CAUACUAAGUGAACGAAUCUAUAGUUAAUUUAUGACAUGCAUACAUACAUGUUGACAACCUCAACUGUGAAGAUUCGAGCUUGCGUGUGCGGUACCUCCGAUGUCGCGUACACAAAAUGGUAUUCAAGUAUAUAAUACGCUGAAACGACCUACACUUGGAGUACGCGAAAAAUACAAUAUCAACAGAAAUGGCUUAUCGCAUUAUAAGGAGCCGACAGAAGAAUUUUUGCACCCCCCUUUAAAAAUUUCAAUAUCAAUUUGUCGAUAUAGUUUGUCUCACGUACGUUCAAGACAAUUGACAGAAUGAAUCACUUUCGUCUCUGUCAAUACUUAAUUUUGCCUGUAUAUAGAAGAAAAUUGAAUAAUUGAAAAUGAGCGAAAGGAAAUUCACAAAAGGCUUAGGAAAGCCUGGAAUGGCUGCACAACUUCGUGAGACCGUUUCUCAAGUUGUGCGUGAAAAAACUUGCCAGAGUAAAUUACAUGUAAUCGAACCUAUAGAUUUUGAAAGCUUUAUUGUUAAAAAUAAAACUGUCAUAAUCAAUGAUAAGUAUCGAAAAUUGCUGUUGUAUCCAAUAGAUGAUGUUACACAAGUUGCCAUUCCUCGAGAUCAUCGCACCGUUGUUCCCAGUGUACCAGCAGAAAUCCCAGAUGAAAUCAGUAUAUUUACCAAAGAGUGCAUCAAUAGUUACUCUACUGAUUGGAAUUGUAUUCAUUAUAAAUAUUCAGCUUACAGUGGUUCAUAUUUUGAUCUUGUUUGCGUGAAAGAGGAAAUGUACGAAAAUGAUUUGGAAAAUCAAGUCUACGAAAUGGACAUCCAAAUUGAUCAAAUCGAUAAGGAGGCAAUGACAAAUUUAAACGGCCUUGACAAGCGGGGUUAUCUGAUGAAGGGAUCCGAGAUCGGGUCCAGCGAUCGAAUCAUAUUUUCCAGCAUUGGAUCAAAGUCCUUCAAAAGACGCUUUUGCCAUCUCAGACAGCAAAUCGAUGGCACGUAUGUUUUAGAAUUUUCCAAAGAUGAUAAAAAAACGGACGUCAAAAUUGCCAAUUUAGAUUUUUGUUCGGAAAUUGUACGAAACAAUAAAAGAGGAAAAUAUUGUUUUGAACUAAAAAUGACUGGGCCUCACAAGUCAUAUGUUUUGGCUACCGACAAUGAAAAUGAGCUGCAAGAUUGGAUCGCCAAAUUGAAUGAUGUGCUUCAACAUUACAAGCAGCAAGAAGAAAACCACGCGGCCUGGUUAGAAAAAACCUCCAUGACGCAAUCACAAUCUAAUCAAGUAAGACACAGUUUCGUUCCUUGUGUUUUCGGUACAUUAAAGAGUUUGGAGCAAAGUAUGAAUCCGCAACUGAUACGAUAUUCUCAAGAGACAGAUGCGAGUAUUGGGUCUGAAAGAAAAAAACAGAGAAAACGAUUAUUUCCCAUGUACUUAUUUCAGAAUAGCAAAAAGUUUUCUUUGCUCAAUGAAAACGACUCGAAACCCUAUAGAAAACAGUUUAACAGAAGAAUUUUUAUAAAAUGUGAAAGCAUUACGUUCAAACUGCAAGCUUCAAUCAACGAUAGUGAGUUCUCGAAUCAAGUCGAGCCGUACUUUACCACUUUAAGCGUGUUUGAUGUGAAAAAAAAUCGUAAGCUGUGCGAAAACUUUUAUUUCAACGUUAAUAACGAUUUUGCGUGUCAAAUUUUCAAAAAUGCUAAAUACGCGGAAUCAAAUGGUUCAACGGACAUCAAUGACGAAGGCACUUUCAAAUUGUGUAGAGAAUUCAAUGGGUUUGAGGCUGUUUGGUUGAACGAUCUCAAGCAAGCGGUAAUUAACAUCAGUGAUCCUCAUCCAGAUAUAUUUCUCGUUGUAAGGAUAGAAAAAAUUUUACAAGGCAACGCGCAUCAAAUUGUCGACGCUUAUGUACGGGCUGACAAAGACCCUCGCUUAGGUGCGAAAGCGCAUAAGCAAAUGCAAGCUUAUUUACAACGAUUACAAAACUAUAGAAUGCCUUUUGCUUGGUCUGCCAAGCCGCUAUUUCGUUUGUAUAGUAACGAAUUGGAAACGUGCUUGGAUUUCCCAGCUAUUUAUCGGCAAGAUGGGAACAAAAUUAAAGAUGAGGAAUUAUUAAAAUUACUUUCGGAUUACAGAAAACCAGAUAAAUUCAGCAAAUUGGCCGUGAUACCUGGGAGAAUAAAAAUAAAAAUGGAAACUGUAACCAAAAAUCCAGAAAAUACAUUAUCAACUUUUUUGGAACCUUUGCAUCCGUUUCCUGUUCCACCGACGUCGAAAGUUACCGUAGAAGUUGCAGAGUUUGACGGUGUAUCUGAAAAAAAUAUUUACCCAUUCACGACAUACAUCAACAACCUUUAUGUAUAUCCACAGAAUCUCGCAUUUGACACUCAAAAAAUAUUUAAUAGAGCAAGAAAUAUUGCGUGCUUUGUGGAGAUGAGGGAUGAUGACGCCGAAACGACGCAACCUUUAAAAUGUAUUUAUGGGCGUCCCGGCUCUACUCUUUUUAUUUCGAGAACUUCUUGUUCCGUUUUACAUCAUAAUGCAACUCCGUGUUGGUACGAAGAAAUAAAAAUCAGACUUCCACUUCAGCUUCACGCCAAGCAUCAUUUGCUUUUUACAUUUUAUCACAUAAGUUGCGAUGUUAACAAAAAGAAAGAAUGCAAAGUUGAGUCUUGCAUUGGUUACUCUUGGCUACCUUUGCUGAAUAAAGGCCGUCUCAUUUUGACGGAUGCCAGUAAAUACGUAUUGCCAGUGGCUAUGGAUUUACCAGAAGGAUAUUUAUCCAUUCAGUCCCUGGGUCUUGGUAGAGGAAAUGCUGGUCCAGAAAUAUCAUGGAUAGAUUUUCAAAAGUCGAUAUUCACUGUAUCGCUGCAAAUCAAUUCAACAGUUUUGACUAGUGAUAUCAACUUGCACAACCUAUUUGCUCAUGUAGAAAAAAUGUUGAAACCUGUGCCAAUUUCCGUGCCGUCUGAUUCAGAAACUUGCAAAGUAUUGAGAUCGGCUUACGACAUUGGAUUGGGAUCCAUCGUAAAGUUUUUACCGACAAUUUUAAAUAAAUUAUUUACUUUGUUGACCUCUCGGACAAGUGACGAAGUGGGCCAGUGUAUUGUCAAAUUAUUGAUUCACAUGGUUAACUUGGUACAUGAAGCGGGUCAUCAAGAGAUAUUGUUUUCUUACGAAAAGUUUGUUUUUUCAUCAAUCAUCAGCUGCAAAUCCAAACCGAACAAUGCAACUUCCCCAACAGUUCACGAACGUCUCGUAAAAUACUUGUCAGUUUUAUUACAACCGAUAAACGUGGACUUGGUAUUUUUACAAAAAUUUAUCCGCCAUUCGAGACUUAUUUUCAACCUCAUAAUUAAAAGCAUGGCUCAAUAUCUCUUUGCUUUGGAGCGCAUAAAGAUAAAUCGAUAUGAAAGAUUUUCCAAAGAUUAUCAGCAGCAAAUUGAAACUUUUUUGCUAAUGAUUUCAUUGUACAUUGAAAACAAAUGUAAGGAUGCACCUAUGGAAAGUCACACGCUCAACGAAAGUUGUGCUCAAUUUUUCAAGCGUUGUCUGACAUUUAUGGACAGAGGCUUUGUUUUUAAAUUAAUAAAUUUGUACAUCAUGAAAUUCUCUACGAGCUCGGCCACUCACGUACUGCAAGAUUUAAAAUUCAAAUUUCUUCGCAUAAUUUGUUCCCACGAGCAUUACGUUAUCUUUAAUUUACCAUUAAUGCACACGCGAGUACUAUCCAAAGGGGUAAACGAUACUGCAGAUGAAAAUGACGAUUCGUUAUACGACGAUUAUUAUUUAUCUGAAAAUUUUUGCAAACACCACUUUCUCGUAGGACUAGUGUUGCAACAAUUGAAAAUCUCUCUGAGUGAAGCAGAAUCUGUUCGAACCAUGGCCAUUUCUACGCUCAAAUACUUAUUGGCCAAGCACGAAUCGGAUGAUAGAUAUCAAGAUAAGGGUCGCAUGAGUAGAGUAGUGUAUUUGUAUAUACCAUUAUUGAGCAUAACAUUGGAGAUUUUUGAUCGUUUCGAAACUGUCGACGACUUAAUCAAUAAAUGGACAAAUGCUCGCCACACUAGUUGUCUCGCGUCCUGUUCUUGUCAAUCGUGCUCAAAAAAUUUGACCAUUUUAAGAAGUGACAAUGUCGAUGAUGUUGUUACAACGACGAGUACACCGAUAAAAUUGUCACUCAACAGGUGUUUAGCACAAACGGAUUCACCACUGAAAACUUGCGUCAACGUUCGAAAUUCUGCAUACUUGGCAGCCAUAGCUGGACACAAUUCCAUGGGCAAUGCUUGUAAGGUCCGUAAUGCCCAAGCAGAUUUGCCGGAAACAACUAAUUUAUCGGUUCAACCGAUGCCAUCUCAAGAAAUACUGAUGUCUUUAGAAAUGAAUCAUGACUUAAUCGAUGAGGAAAAAAAAAAACACUCGCGGUCCAUUAGUUCGUCGGGUUCGGUUGCGUUCAUUACCCCUAGAAAAGAUAAAUUUUCACAUGCAGACGUGCAAAAUUUAUUGAUUUGUUUUUUAUUUGUAAUCAAGCAUUUGGAAGAAGAGCAUUUAAAAGUUUGGUGGCAACAAUGUAGUGACGUUGAAAUACAUAAAUUUUUGUCAGUGAUGGAGUUAAGCUUACAUCAUUUUAAAUAUACUGGUAAAGAACAACAAGCUGUGAUAUCGAUUCAUCACCAUCAAGAUAGUUCCAUCAAACCAAAGUCAACCAAGGCUAUGACUUUACCCGCCAGGAUAUCGCCCCUUGAAAUUUCGAAUGACAAUUCCACUGCCUCCAAUACGUUGCAAUCUCAAAAUUUAACUGUCCUUGGUGAUAGAUCUGUAUAUAAUAAUAAUAAUAAUAAUAAUAAUAAUAAUAAUAACAACAACAAUAAUGAUAAUGACGACGACGGUAAAAAAAAGCAACGUACAAAAAUACAGGCCAACUUGGCCGUGGAAGUUGGACUCGUCGUGCUCGACUGUUUGGGAUUAUUCUGUCGACAUUUUGAGGAUGCAUUAUUGCAAAACGAUAGAAAUGAUUCUAUCGUACAACAAAUUGUCAAUAUUUACUUGACUUUUCUACAAAUCGAUCAAUCUGAAAAUUUGUUGCGUCACGUUUUUGCGGCAAUGAGGUCGUUUUUGAAUAAUUUUUCUGUAAUUUUGUUCAGAGGUAACGCACUGUUAUGUGGACGAUUAUGUUACGAACUGUUAAGACGUUGCAACAGUAAAUUAAAUUCUGUGAGGCAGGAGUCGUGCGCCCUGCUUUAUUUGCUCAUGCGAAGCAAUUUCGAAUUCACCAACCGAAUUGGCUUAACAAGAGUCCACUUGCAAGUAAUCAUUUCUGUUUCUCAGCUCUUGCGAAACGUAAUCAAUUUGAAUAAUCCACGAUUUCAAGAAUCGUUAUCGUUAAUGAAUAGUUAUGCUUCUUCGGAUAAAGUUAUGAAAGGAACAAAUUUUCUUCUUGAGGUCCAAGACUUGAUCAAACGAAUCAGAACGGUGUUAAUGUCCACGACGCAAAUGCGGGAGCACAAAAAUGAUACCGAAAUGCUGCUCGACCUGCAAUACAGACUCGCAAAUUCAUAUGCUAGUACACCUGAAUUAAGACACACGUGGCUCGAAACGAUGGCACGAAGCCACAUGGAACACGGCAACUACUCCGAGGCUGCUUGCUGUCAGUUACACAUUGCCGCGCUUAUGGCGGAAUACUUGAAACUGAAGAAUUUAAACGACUGGGGGGCAGAGGCUUUUGAUGGGAUAUCAAAAAAUAUAUCGAGAGAUGAAAAAGAUUUGAAAUUCGAUACCGGCAUCCAAGAUAUACAUUACAAUAGCCAAGUGCUGCUUCAACAGUUGGAGUCUUGUACGGAAAUUUUGGAUAGAGCAGAAAGAUUCGAAAUACUUGGUCAAUUGUAUCACUUGAUUGUACCGAUUUACGAGAGGGACAGAAAUUACGAGGCCUUGGCUAAAUGCUAUUCACAUCUGACCCAGGCGUACAGUAAAGUCGUGCAAGUUAAUAAAAGUGGAAAAAGACUGCUCGGACGAUUUUACAAAGUCUCUUUCUUUGGAUUGGCCCACUUUGAACGAGAGCAUGGCGCCGAGUACAUAUACAAAGAGCCUAAAGUUACUUCGUUAUCAGAAAUCUCGGAACGUCUGCGCGACUUGUAUUCCAAAAAGUUUGGCUGCGAAAACGUCAAGAUAAUCAUGGACUCUGGUGACACUAGCGUCGACGAAUUAAAUUCGACAAUAGCUCACAUUCAAGUAACUCAUGUUACACCUUACCAUCAUAACGAUAAUGCCGAACCCGAGGCCCGCCAAACGGAGUUUGAAAGAAAUCACGACAUUGACUGCUUCAUGUUUGAAACGCCUUUUACGCGGGACUGUGCGAAAAGCCGAGCAAGCCCACAAGAUCAAUGGAAACGGCGUACUAUUUUGACAACUCAACGUUCAUUUCCCUAUGUUAAAAAACGCAUCAAAAUAAUAUCAAAGAAAACUAUCGAAUUAAGCCCGAUACAAGUUGCUCUGGACGAGAUGAGACAACAAGUUCAAGAACUGCAGAAUGUGACGUUGACGAAGCCUGUAGAUUUAAAAAAAUUACAACUCAAGCUUCAAGGCAGCGUAUGCGUUACAGUGAAUGCGGGCCCUCUGGCGUAUGCAUGUGCAUUUUUGAAUCCUACGCUGCGCUGCAAUUAUCCCGAUGACUUGGUUUUAGAAUUGAAAGAUGUGUUUGGAGAAUUUGUGAAAAUUUGUCGCACGGCUCUUCAAAUAAAUAGUAAAUUAAUUUCGUGCGAUCAGUAUCAGUAUCAGGAAGUGCUGCGUGAAAACUACCAAAAGUUGUGCAACAACUUAUCAUCAGUAUUGGGAGAUUCGGUCUGGCCAGACGAACAUGCCAAUAAUUUUAAACGUAACAGCGCGGCUCUUUUUAGUGCCAUCAGUGGCACGACAAACAGCCAUUCGAGCACGGCUUGAGAGCUAAUUUAAAGACUGAUGGGUGUAUUAUUAAGUAUAUAUUAGACGACAUCACAAAAUAAAUAAGUAGCAAAUUUUUAUUACCAAGGA